ACCCACCCUGACUGCAGGCAUUCUCUCUCACCCUGUCCACAUGCCCUUGUUUAGGGGAAGACUGAGGGAAUAACCUAUCAGCUCAGUGAGACAGAACUGUUAGGGGGGCAGGGGCCGAUAAAGGACAUUGGAUAUAGUAAAGAGAGUGGAGAGAUUUACGUGGCAGCUAUUGACGCUUUCCAAUGGCCCUUGGCAUUGACAGCGACACAAGACCACCCGCGUGUUGGCCGGGUGCCAAGCCAAACUGCUUUUGCGUUAGCCUAUAGCGAGCCUAUAACGAGGGCAUUACAAAGUCAUGUCGUCGCGGGAAAUCCCAGAAUAGAGUUCUCAUUUCGGUGCGGAGCCCCCUCACAAAUAGACCACAGAAACUGUAUAGUCAGUUAGUGACGCGCCCAGUCGCGUUUUCACACUAACUUUGUGUUGGUCAGUGUGCCUCCUCACAUGCAUUCUAUUUUACCUGUUGACGACGACUGCGAUCUUUCAUUUAUCCUGGGAUUGAUUUGAAAUGAUUGAAUCAAACCAGAGGGAGGAGAACAGACACCAAAGGUUUUCAGACGUUAUAUGACAGCAAACAGAAACUCUGAAAGUUCUCUGGAUGUAGUGACUGAAAGCGAAAGUGCGCUCCCCGUCUAAACCCAUCACUUCGUUAUUUAGUCACUCUGUUUUUAUGAGCGUCUAUUUUAUUCAAACUCAAGAACAGCAAUACACAUUCCCCACAACAAGAACGCUUUUGAGGAGAAAGCGGCGUAUUCUCAGAGUUGUGGCUGAACGACGACAUGAAUAACAUACAGCUGGCAGGUUAUACACCCUAUCGGCAGGAUAGAACAGCAGCCUCUGAAAUGCCCCUCCACAAUAUGGACACCCCGAGGAGCCGAUGGGAGCAGGGCUUGCGGCCGCCGUGGGUCGCACGAUUGGCUGGAGGGCAAAGCCCCGCCUCUUCAGGGGUGGAGUCAGACACAGAGAGCAGCAGCACAGAGAGCGAGAGGUCUCCAGCCAAACGUUUAGAGGCGCGGUCACCGAGGAUCCUACCGUUGCCCUCCAUGCUGCAACAGCGAAUGACAGAGAUUGACCAGCAGAGGGAGGAGCUAAAGAUAGAGCUGCAGCUGGAGAUAGCCCUGUUGGAGGGUGAGCUGCAGGAGGAGAGGAACGAGCUGCGCAAACACACUCUGUAUCUACAGACACUGCAGGAGGAAGGCGGGCAGGAGGAGACACACAGACAGACGGACAGACAGAAGGAGCGAGCCAGUCUGGAGGUGGAGAGGGCCCGGAUUGAGGAGCUGAGGAGUAGGUUGGAGAAGAAGGAGGCACUGCUCCCCAGUCAGCCAGAGGGCCAGAGAGAGCAGCUACUGAUCCAACUACAACAGGAGAAAGAGACGGUGGAUGCAGCCGGCCGGGUGUUCGAGGACUGGGAAUUCCGUGUCCUGGAGAGCGAGGCCGGAAUAGAGGAGGAGGAGAGCGAAGGAAAGAUGGAAGGGAAGGAGAGAGGGAACGAGGAAGAGAAGGAGAAGGAGAUCUCAUGCCAAAAGAAUGCUGUUAACUCAGCGCAGGAGCGAGUCCAGCAGCUUGAGAAGCAGUUGAAGGAGAUGGAGCGAGAGAAGGAUAGAGAGAUGAAUGCCUUCAAGAAGGAGAGGAGAGAAUUGCUCCACACCACUCAAAGGGUCUUGAAAGAGAAGAAGCCACUCGCUGAUUGGUCCAACAUCCCCAGCUCGGUCCCUUGCAUGAUGUCACUCUCGCCGCUGACCAUUCACAAAUCACCUCAGGAACAAGCCAAAGAAUCCGCCAGUUUACCCCGGAGACGGAGCUCGCACCGCAACAAUAAGCUCGCCGAUAGACCGGUCUCGGUGCAAGGGCUGGUGAGAAUGGUACCUGACAGUCCGAGCCCAGAGCGCUUCACUUCCCCUCUCCCCUCCCACCGGCACAGCAACGGGCACAUCAACGGGCACAGACCUGGGCCCAGCAAUGGCAGUGAUCUCCUCACCCCCUGUAACAGUGCUAGUAGCUCCCGUGCUGCCAGCCCAAAUCUGGGACUUUUGAACCUGGUGGAGAUUGAGAGGAGACUGAGGGAGGCCAAAGCGGAGAGAGAGAGGCUUCUCAAAGAGAGGGAGGAAAGGAGGCAGGAGGUGGUGGUGGAGGAGAGGAGGCAGAGAGAGCUGGAGGGCCGAGGAGCAGCAGAACCAGUAAAGUCCCAGAGCAGGCUAGUCCCUGACCCAGAGGAGAAGCCCAAAACCACCAGUCCUGUCCCCAGCUCCCCUGAGCGCUCGCUACCUCUCUUCCUCUCUGCGAACUUUGACCUGCGGGCCCACGUGGAGUCGCUGGGUCACGGGGUGGCGGGGUGCAUGGGCCUGCGUAUGUCCCCGCGCCGCUGUGCCGGCUUCUUGACCAAGCGAGGGGGGCGGGUCAAGACCUGGAGGAGGAGGUGGUUCCUCUUCGAUAUGGACCACAGGCGGCUAGCCUACUACACAGACUGUGAUGAGAGGAAGCUGAAGGGGGUGAUCUACUUCCAGGCUAUAGAGGAAGUCUACUAUGACCACCUGCGCACAGCCACUUCAUCUCCGCGGCCCAGCCUUACGUUCUGUGUGAAGACGUACGAGCGCCUCUUCUUCCUGGUGGCGCCCAGCGCCGAGGCCAUGAGGAUCUGGAUGGACGUCAUUGUCACAGCAACAGACGAGCACAGCCGCUACUGAACUUGGCACCUGUCCUGUGUCUGUCUGACCUACCCCUUGGACUGAACCUCCAUUCACCUGGCUGACCUGGCUACAGUUUCAGCAGUUUACAUUAUGUGGGGAAAACUGCAAUCUUCAACCUCCACCCUCCAAUGCGUGUAGGACCCAGCAAGACUGCCAUUUUGCUGCCUGAACUUUACGUCACAUGAGUGGUGGAGGUGAGGAGUGAUGAGCAGAACAUAAAGUUCAGGAAAGCUCUUCCUGAAGGAACUGACAUUUGAUUCUGGAUAGUUUCUUAGGAGCUUUGAUGACAUGGGACUCAGUGGGAGACUGUAACAGGUUCUGUGUGGAACAAGAUCCUUUUUUUUACCAUUAUUUAACUAGGCAAGUCAGUUAAGAACAAAUUCUUAUUUUCAAUGUGGGUUAACUGCCCACAGUGAGCAAUGGGUUAACUGCCUUGUUCAGGGGCAGAAUGACAGAUUUGUACCUUGUCAGCUCGGGGAUACCUUUCGGUUACUAGUCCAAUGUUCUAACCACUAGGCUACCCUGCCGCCCCACAUUUGGAGGAGGGACAAGGCCAUGGGAAUAUAAAGAACAACCAUUUGACAUCUUAGAGUCAGUGCCAACCAUGAUAUACUGACAGACAAACCUGAUGUAUUUUUAUUAGUCUCAAAUCAGGAUUUAAUGGUUGGUGUCUCUAUAGCAGCUGUGUUUGAGCUCCCUCUUGUGGCCAGAUUAAAGUAUUGAAGUACUACAGCUUCUAUUGAAAUAUACAGGUAACUGCCAAAAUAAUGGAAACACCAGCAUAGUGUGUCUUAAUCGGUCGUUGGGCCACCACGAGCAAGAACAGCUUCAAUGCACCUUGGCAUGGAUUCUGCAAUGGUCUGGAAUUCUAUUGGGGGGAUGCGACACCAUUCUUCCAUAAGAAAUAAUUUAAUUUAAAAUAAAUUUUGUGUUUUGUUUGAUGGUGGAAAACGCUGUCUCAGGCACCGCUCCAGAAUCUCUCAUAAGUGUUCAAUUGGCUUGAGAUCUGGUGACUGAGUUGGCCACGGCAUAUGGCUUUACAUCGUAUCAAUGCUCAUCAAAUCAUUCAGUGACCCCUCGUGCCCUGUGGAUGGGGGCAUUGUCAUCUUAUGGUGGCAUAGCCAUGGGAGACAAAGUAAUAGACAAAAUUAUGGCCAGCUCAGAAUUUUUAUACAUGACCCUAAGCAUGAUGUGAUAUCAAUUGUUUCAUUAACUCAGGGACCACACCUGUGUGGAAGCACCUGCUUUCAACAUACUUUGUAUCCCUCAUUAACUCAAGUGUUUCCAUUCUUUUGGCAGUUACCUGUACAUGUAUGUCUGUAUUGAACAUUGGUAUAUUUAUCAUCUGUCAAAAGGGCUGUUCAGAGUCAAUCAAAACACUGACCGAUCGUUCAGUUCUUAAAAUGGAUUGUUGUCGUUUUUUUUACAAUAUCAACACAGAAAUACUAUAUGCUUAUAAAUAUGUAUUAUUAAUAUUGUCAUUAUUAUUAUGAUCAUUAAAGGUUUUUCAUACA